UAUCUUUGGCCGAGUCAGCCGGUUGGACUGGAGUUGAGAGUGUCGUAUUUACAUUUGUUUUCAUCUUUUUUUCACAUGCAGGUAGCCGACAGCGAUAAACUGCACCCGGGAAGCGAGUGAGCAUCAACUGGGCGGCGUUGACGACAGAAAUCCUCCUGUCACGGUUAACGGUGACGGUGCUGUUUCUCUUUCGGGCUGUCUGCCUAUUCAUUUGACUUUGAAGGAGCUCCGUCUUUAUCUGUCUUGCAUCUUCUGGUCGCAGAUAUGAGCGGAAGAGUCGGAGACCUCAGCCCUAAACAGGCUGAAGCACUGGAACAGUUUCGAGAGAGGAUACAGGACAUUUUUCCUCAACUUCCUGCGCAGCAUGACCACUUCCUGUUACGCUGGCUCAGAGCCAGAAACUUCAAUGUCCAGAAGUCGGAGGGAAUGGUGCGAAAGCAUUUGGAGUUCAGGAAACAGAUGAAAGUAGACACAAUAGUCACCGACUGGCGUCCACCAGAGGUGAUAGAGAAGUAUCUGUCAGGAGGGAUGUGUGGUUACGACCGUGAGGGUAGUCCUAUCUGGUAUGAUGUCAUCGGACCUGUGGAUCCUAAAGGGCUCUUCCUGUCUGCCUCCAAGCAAGACUUCAUCAAGUCCAAGAUCAGAGACUGUGAGGUCCUGCAGAAGGAAUGUAACCUCCAGUCGCAGAGGCUUGGGAGGAACGUGGAAUCAAUCACCAUGAUCUACGACGUAGAAGGUCUGGGUCUGAAACACUUAUGGAAGCCUGCUAUAGAAACAUAUGGAGAGAUUCUCCAGAUGUUUGAAGAGAACUACCCAGAAGGAUUGAAAAGGCUGUUUGUUAUUAAAGCCCCCAAACUCUUUCCUGUGGCCUACAACCUCGUCAAGCACUUUCUGAGCGAGAACACAAGACAAAAGAUCAAUAUCCUUGGGGGGAACUGGCAGGAGGUUUUACUGAAGUACAUCGAUGCAGAGGAGCUGCCAAUGAUAUAUGGGGGUAAACUGACGGAUCCUGAUGGAGAUCCUCGCUGUCGGACCAAGAUACAUCACGUCGGCCCUGUUCCUCCAUCCUACUAUGUGCGGGACCAUGUAAAGGUGGACUACGAGCAGUGUAUGACCGUCAGCCGAGGUUCCUCCCAACAGCUGGACUAUGAGAUACUCUUCCCCGGCUGUGUUCUCAGGUGGCAGUUUGCCACUGAGAGUGCAGACAUUGGUUUUGGGGUGUUUCUGAAGGCUAAAAAGGGCGAAUGGAAGAAGGCAGCUCAGAUGGAGGAAGUCGUGCCCACUCAGCGCUACAAUGCCCACUUAGUGCCCGAGGACGGAUCACUGACCUGUGAACGCCCAGGAGUCUAUGUUCUCAGAUUUGACAACACUUACAGCAUCUUCCAAGCCAAAAGAAUCAGCUUUGCCGUUGAGGUCCUGCUCCCAGACCACUUACAGUCCCCACAGACCAACGGAGGGUCCAAAAACCACGAGCAAGCUGAGGUCAACAGCCAAUCAUAACCAAGGAAGAUGCCAAAAUGCGCCACUUCCAUGUUGUCCGAUCAGUAAAGUGUAGCCGCCACUAGUAAGCACAGCCCGAGAGACUUGAUCUGAGUGUUUGACACUUUAAUUAUCUUUAAUGAUGACAUUAUUUACAUGCUCUCCAUUUGGAAACACUUAUGAAACAAAAAGAAGGGACACAUAAUAUGGCGAAAGGUAUGUGGAAGCCCCCAAUACACAUAAGUUUGUGCACUUAGUCUUUUUUUCAUGGUUUGGGCUAUGCCUAUUAGUUCCAAUCAAUAGAAAGCUUACUGAUAUAACAUUCAUAAAGAAAAUAUUUUCCCAGUUUGCUGUGGAAGAACUUGAAUUUAACCCCACCCAACAUCUUUGGGGAUAAACUGGAGCACCAACUUCCGGCCAGACCUCUAUACCCAACAUCAGUGUUGGACCGGGGUCAUCCCUAUAUUCCCAGGGUCCACGUUGUAAGAGAUUUGUAAAAAGGGCUGUCUUCGCAGUUCAAAUUGCAAAAGAAUGAGUGGAGAUGGAUCCAAUCCAUUUGGCCACUCUGAAGAUAUCACUAUCUGGAAUGGAAGUCAAGAAAACUCUGUUCUCAAAUUUGAGGGCAUAGGUUUCAAGUAUAACACCAGUAGUCUCUACGCUGUAGGUGUGUGAUUUCAACAUAACUGACCCAGGGAAACAUUUAGGUGAACAUUUGACCUAGGAAAAAAAGCAUUGCUAAGAACACAAACCCCUUUGAAAGGUCUCCCUAAUGUGUGAGGUUAGAGGAUAUUGAGCUAGGGAACAAAGGACCCUGUGAUCAUAGAAACACUCCCAUUGGACCACACUAAAACUCUUGUGGCUAAAUGGGAACAAAUCCUUGCAGCAGGUUCCAUAAUCCUGUGGAAAGCUAGAAACCAGAAUAGAGGAGGCUGUUAUAGCUUUGGAUUAAUGCUCAUAGUUUUAGACUGAGAUAUUUAACAAUCACCUAUGGGUGCAAUGUUUGGGUGUCCACAUACUUCUGGACACAGAUAGCAAGAAGCAACUUUAUGUUAAGCUAUAUACCGCAAGAGUAUAUCAUUGCAACAAUUAGGAGUGAGCUCACCAACAAGUUUGAAAACUAAAACUUUAAGAAGUGAGCUUACAAGACCUCUGUAGUCCACUCCUCAACUCUGCCCAAGGCUAGCGGCUCGAGGCUAACAUUAGGCCCAUAACAUAUAUAACAUAACACACCCGAAUCCCGAAACCAAACUGUUGGUGGUCGAGAUCAGUGUGGGUAAUGUAGGCACCAGGUUUUGACAAGGAAGAAGAAAAACUUUCCAUCAUGACAAUCAUGUCCAAGUGAAUCAGGUCAGUGCUACCACAUCAUGCUUAAUGGCAUUAUGGAGUGAAAUAGGCCACUAC